AUUCGCCUCGAAGCCGAAGAUGAAGGUGUCCCCAGUACCGCAAUUCGCGAAAUUUCUCUCCUUAAAGAAAUGAACUACCCAAACAUUGUCCGUCUCCUCAACAUCGUACACGCUGAUGGCCACAAACUCUACCUCGUCGUCGAAUUUCUGGAUCUAGAUUUGAAGCGAUACAUGGAGGCGCUCCCAGUGUCUGAUGGUGGACGAGGCAAAUCUCUUCCUGAAGGAUCUGGACCUGACUUGGGAAGACUCGGCUUGGGAGACGCGAUGGUAAAGAAGUUCAUGAGUCAAUUGUGCGAGGGUGUUCGAUACUGUCACAGCCAUCGCGUCCUACAUCGAGAUCUCAAGCCGCAGAAUCUAUUGAUCGAUCGCGAAGGAAACCUUAAGCUUGCGGAUUUCGGUCUUGUGCGCGCUUUCGGUGUUCCUCUUCGCACCUACACCCAUGAAGUUGUCACCCUCUGGUACAGAUCACCAGAGAUUCUACUUGGAGGCCGCCAAUACUCGACUGGUGUUGAUAUGUGGUCUUUUGGAUGUAUCUUUGCUGAGAUGUGCACUCGGAAACCCCUAUUCCCUGGCGAUUCUGAGAUCAAUGAAAUCUUCAAGAUCUUCCAACUGUUAGGCAUCCCCACCGAAGCCGACUGGCCCGGCGUCAUGGACAAGACCUGCUUCCCCGACUUCAAAUCCUCCUUCCCCAAAUGGCAACGCGACCAAUUCAAACCCCUCUGCACCAACCUCGGCGAUCACGGCCUCGACCUUCUUGAAAUGAUGCUGGUCUACGAUCCUGCCGGCCGCAUCUCUGCCAAGCAAGCCUGCAUCCAUCCCUACAUCCAUCCCUACUUCGAAGAUGGUAACUUAAUCUAUUAG